AUGAACAAAGUUAACCUUCCAGCUGAGUCUUUGGAACAACUAAAGAAUUCUGCAGUGGAAGAUGCCAAUGAAGAAAUACCAAAGACUUAUACAAUUAUUGAUCUUGUAAGAACAUGGGACCAGGCUAAAAUUUCUCUUAAUGUUUGGUGGAGUUGGUUUAUCAAUGGAAUGUUGUAUUAUGGCUUGUCAAUGAAUUCAGUUGAAAUGGAUGGCAAUCCCUAUUUAAACUUUUGUUUAUCAGCCCUGGUGGAAAUCCCAGCCUACCUGCUGUGUAUUUUUCUGCUUUCAUUAGUUGGAAGACUCAAGCCCCUUUUUUGUUUUAUGGUUUUUGGGGGACUCAUGUGUAUGAUUGCAAGUGUAAUGCCUGCCUAUUUAAAUUGGUUUAAACUAAUGUUGGCCACUGUGGGUAAAUUUGGAGCUACAGCUGCUUUUGGGAUUGUCUACAUCAUGAGUGCUGAAAUAUUUCCAACAGUUGUGCGAAAUCUUGGGGUUGGGGUAUCAACCCUUGCAGCUGGUUUAGGGGGUGCAAUUGCACCUUUUGUUCUGGAAUUCCCUGGACCUUGGUCAUUGCUUGUGCUUGGUUUAGUGUCCAUUGUCACUGGCAUUCUUGUCCUCUUUUUGCCUGAAACAAAAGAUAUGCCAUUGCCACAGACAAUAGAAGAUUCCAGUGCUUAUAUUCGAUCUGAUUCAUCUGGACAAUCUACAAAAAAACUUAUUUACAAGAAACCAAAAGUGAACAGAAAUUUAAACAAUGAUUCUUGCACUGAACGACUUUAA